UUUAAAAGAGAGUUACGUGAAAGCUGUUGGUACAGGAUUAAAUCUGGAUUUAAGAACGAUAGAAUUUAAGCUAAUAUCAACUCCUGUUCCGGGUUCCUGUAUCUUCGAUACACAGGUCUGGUUGAACCAGGAAAAGGGACAUGACUGGAGGUUUGAAGAGAGUUUACUCCAGGAUCAUUUUGUAUCUGUGGCCGUUAAAACCAAAUAUCAAGAUGUAUUUUAUCAAGAGAAAUGGCGGGAGGUUGAACUAGAAGAAUUGUUACCUGAUGAACAAGAUCUUAUUUCUCAAAUAGAUUCAGAGGAUUGGAAUUUAUUCAGAACAAAAGAAAGAACAAAGCCUUUUUAAAAUUUAGUAUUUAAAUGUUUUAGGGAUUAAUUUUGUUACAGAUUUUUUACAUUUUUUCAGAAAAAUGUCCGUCUCUGUAGUAGACGUUUUUAAACGGUUUGACGCAUAUCCAAAAACGUUGGAAGAUUUUAGAAUAAAAACGUUCAGUGGCGGAACUAUAACAGUGAUCAGUGCUAUCGUGAUGAUAUUAUUGUUUGCUAGUGAAAUACAAGAUUAUCUUACUCCAGGGGUAGAGGAGCAAUUGUUUGUCGACACAUCCCGAGGCUCCAAAUUAAAAAUAAAUUUAGACAUUAUUUUUCCAAAAAUAAGCUGUGAUUUUCUGAGCUUGGAUGCCCAGGACGUAUCCGGGGAACAACAUAUAGCAAUUGAACAUAAUGUGUAUAAGAGAAGAUUAGACCUAGAGGGUAAACCAAUAGCUGAUCCGGUCAAGCAUGAAGUAGGAGAGGAAACUAAAGAGAAUUCAACAUCAACGGAGCUAGAGGCUCAGAGUGCUGAACCCAAAUGUGGUAGUUGUUAUGGAGCAGAGACAGAAGACAUGAAAUGUUGCAAUACUUGCCAGGAGGUUAAACAGCAGUAUCUCAGAAAAAGUUGGAAAUUCGUUCCUUCAACAGUUGAGCAGUGUAGAGGAGAGAUGUUUUCAGAAACUGAACAGAGAGUUCUUACAGAGGGUUGCCAGAUCUAUGGUUACCUGGAAGUGAAUAGAGUUGGUGGAAGUUUCCAUAUAGCUCCUGGUAAAUCCUAUUCUAUUAAUCAUGUUCAUGUUCAUGAUGUUCAACCCUACUCUACCUCAGACUUUAAUGUUACACACACAAUACGGCAUCUCAGUUUUGGAAGAAAUGUGCCUGGCAAAACUGAUCCAAUGGAUGGUGUCGUGGGAGUAGCAGAAAAGGGUAGUGAGAUGUUCCAGUACUAUGUUAAAAUAGUUCCAACAACCUUUGCUAGACUUGAUGGGUCAACCUUCAUUACAAACCAGUUUAGUGUUACCAAACAUACUAAGGUGAUUUCAGCUUUCAUGGGAGAAUCCGGUAUGCCUGGUAUAUUCUUCAAUUAUGAACUUGCUCCUGUUAUGGUGAAAUACAGUGAAAAGAAGAAAUCUUUUGGACAUUUUGCAUCUGGCCUUUGUGCAAUUAUUGGAGGAGUAUUUACUGUAUCCGGUAUACUGGAUAAACUAGUCUACAACUCAGGACGGAUUCUAAACAGGAAAACGGAGAUCGGGAAAACGGGUUGAAAUAGAAAAACUGAACACACGUCACACACCUCUGUUCAGUUUUCACGCGCUCAUAAAAAAGUUCACAAAUUGUAAUAGUUACACGCAUGCAGAAAUCCACAUACAUCUUUGUUUACAUAAAAAGUGUACUGUAGUUUCUAGGUAGCUGACAAGGCUGAUCAUUGAUUAUGUUCCUCCUAAAAAUGCAGUACACUUACUUUGGAAACAAAGCUAUAUAUAGGGGUUCUUGCUGUACUUUUUUCAUACAUGUUGCAUAAUGUUAGGCUCGCAUCAUGAAAUAUUUCUUAUAAUUUAGUUGUCCCUAAGCUUGAAACAUAAUUUUAUGCAAUUAUUAAAAAACAUUAAGACUUUUUUUUUCACGCAAACUUUUUGUCACAAAGGAUGCAUUAUAAUUUACAUAAAUUGUAUACUUACAU